AGUGAUCGAUCUCUAUUCUAUAAAGCCAAUCGAAACCAAAUUAGCUUGUGUACUUUCUGGAGAUUAGAAAGAGGUAGGGAUCGAGAAGCUGUCAAAGUCGACCAAGAUACAACUUUUAGAAGUAUGGACCCUCAAAGAAACAUACAAGAACUAUCGUCCAGUAAGAGUGAUCGUAAAAAGGUUCGGGAUCGAAAGAAGAAUUUAAUCAAGAAAGCCGAGGAGCUUUCAAAGCUUUGUGGUGUUGAUGUAUGCUUGAUCCUCUACCAACGUCAAAGUACUAUAGCAGAGACUUGGCCCCAAGAUCCUGCGCAAGUCAAACGCAUUAUCACUGGGUACAAGGCAAACCCGGCAAUCAGAGAUGCUAGCAUUCCUUCAUCGGAGACAAAGGGUUUGGAAGAAACCAAGCCUCGAAAGUCAGAUGGUGGUCGUGAGAACGUUCUUAAUAAUUCCGAUGAGGAGAGGGAGAUGCUGUACCCGACAUGGGAUGAUCGAUUAGAUUACUGUUCUGAGGACGAAUUGUUUAGACUGGUUGCUUCCUUGGAUGCAAAGCUAGAAGCUUCAACAAAGAGGAUUGAUUCACUAUCGAUGAAAAGCUGUAGCGGUUUUGUGACCCCAAAAAACAAACGCAGCAAAGCUGGUGCACUUGAUCAUCAUGACAAGGUGAAUUCGAACUUGAACUUGGUCCCUUUUCGUGAGAUUAAUGAUCUUGAUGACCCAAGAUCAUCCAGAAACUACAGUGGUAUUCCAACCAUGCAAUUCAUGAGGUCUUCUUAUAUGCAAUAAGCCGACUGGAUUUCAUGUCGAGACUCAGAUUGGUCAAACAAAUCUAGGGCAUGGGUCCAACCCUUGUACUCAGAUUUAAUAUGUUCUCCAUCAUUUACGUUGUACUUAUCAA